AUGAGUUCAAAGAUUGCAACUGAGCAAGAUGUCCCGGUUCUGGUUGUGGGCGCUGGCCCUGCUGGGUUGCUUCUAGCACUGCAACUGGCAAAGAAUGGUAUUCGGAGCUUACUAGCUGAACGAAACCUAGAUUCAACCAAAUGGCCAAAGAUGGAUAUCACCAAUUGUGGAAGCAUGGAGCUACUGAGGAGACUCGGGAUUGCUGAUGACCUGCGGGCUCAAGGUGUCCCACAGCACUACUCUUUCGAUGUCCUGUUCAGCACGGGUCUCUCAGAAAACGGGGAGCUCAUUGACAAAUGGGAUCUUCCUUCGCCAGACGAAUGGCGACAACGGAUGCACACUUGCAAUGAUGGAACCAUGCCCAGAGAGCCAUAUCAGCGCUGCAGCCAGGCCAUCUUUGAAGCGUGGCUAAAGCGUCGCUUACAGUCUGAAGAGCUAAUUGAGGAUCACUUCGGCCUCAAAUUCGAAAGCUGUGUGGAAACCCCCGACGGUGUAAAGUCGGAACUCGUCGUCGUCGUCACUGGAGAGCGACACCUAGUGUCCAGCCAGUAUCUGGUCGGCUGUGAUGGCGCUGGCAGUAGCGUCCGUCGACAACUCGACAUCAAGAUGAUUGGUGGUCCUGUCGGCAGCGUCAUAAUAUCGCAAGACGAAAUCAACACUUGGACCAUCCAUAUUCCUAUAUCUCUUGACACGGAUUGGAAAUCUCUUGACCCAACAGAGUCUAUAUACCGAGGUCUGGGCGGUUCUUUGGCCCCUUAUGCUAUCAAGAUCGACGAAAUCCUCGUGUGCAGCUUGUGGCGCCCAAAUAUUGCCAUCGCAGAGCGUUUUGCGUCGGAAAGUUUCAAAGUGUUCUUAGCUGGAGACGCAGCUCAUCAAAAUAUUCCUACUGGGGGAUACGGCAUGAAUACAGCUGUCGGCGACAUCUUUGAUUUAGGCUGGAAGCUAUCAGCUGUUCUCAAUGGCUGGGGAGGCCAAGAACUGUUGCGCUCCUACGAAGUUGAACGCAAACCGGUUGCCAUCCGCAACAUUGAACGUUCUGGUCAACAUUUUCAGGUUCACCAGACAUACGUCAAGUGGGUGACCGAUGAAGGGGCAGAUAUCCUCUCCAAGAUGGAAGAGCGUAAAAGUCUGUUUGAUCGCAUUAAAACACAUACCGAGGCCCACCAAGGCGAGAAUAAGGACCACGGGAUCGAAAUGGGAACCUUCGUGCCAUCUUCUUGGCCCGGUGGUCGUGCUCCUCGUGUCUACCUCAAGGACGGGGACACCAGUAUUUUCCACCUGUUUGGGGCAGAGUUCUCGAUCAUUGACUUCACAAGAGCUUGGACUUGGAGUCAAGAGUUUGGAGCCGCAGCUGCUGAGCUCGAAAUUCCGCUUACGAAGGUUCACUUGCCAGAAGAGGCCCAGGCAAGAAAAGUCUGGGGUAUAGACGCCGUCCUUAUCCGUCCUGAUGAUCACAUAGCUUGGAGGUCGCCACUUGACGGGAAGGGAACAGAUGUGAGAGAAGUGCUAGAGGUUGCAUCAGGCCAACGCCCACAGACACGGACAAAGGAAACCAACCCAUCUUCUUCUGCAUUAGAGGGCGUCAAGCAGCAUGGAUUUACAUCAACCUUGGGCAAUGUCGUAGACGAUAGAGUAGAUCUUCUCGCCCCAUUUCAGCGCUAG